CUCUAUUAGUUUCAAGGGCCCUCCCGUCCGAAAUUGGAGUGUCUUGACGCUAUGAAAUCAGGUUCGAAGUCUAGAUGUUCCGAGCAGACUGACAGGCCGUCGUGGCCAAUGGGUUCCAAGAACAUGACUUGUAUGGGGAAAAAGUCAAGAGUUGCGUUUGUCUUAAAUCUUGGCCGUUCAUCCCAGAUCUGGGGUUGAUAAUUGCUUUUCAUUCUUCGUUCUUUCCCCGCAUAUUUACUUCUUGCACAUUACAUUUUGUCGGGGCUAUUGGAAAGAUGGGUUCACUUGAACAGGAUCCUGAGUUCCUCAGGGAAGAGUGGACUUUGUAUGGGAUCGGUGUUGUUGUAAUUCUGCUUCGAUUUUUCGCGAGAAUCAGGACAGUUGGGUUUCGAGGCUUCCAGGGAGAUGACUACAUGUCUAUUUUGACAUUGGCAAUGUUCACAAUGGAUGCAGCAACUGUGCAUAUUAUAUACUAUACUGGGACAAAUGUGGAAGCGAGUGUGGUGCAGAAAACGAGACCAUUGACGUCCGAGGAAAUUGCUAUGUAUACGUACGGAUCAAAAGAGCAGCUUGCCGCCUGGUACAGCUACACAGCCCUUAUAUGGACCAUGAAAUUUACAAUGUUAUUCUUCUUUCAUCGUCUCACCGUCGGACUUUGGCAACAUAAAUACGUCAAGUGCCUCGGUGGAGCUUGUGCGGUAGCAUAUAUCGCUGUAGUCUGCACUCUCACUUUUGGAUGCUUCCCAACUCAGAGGAAUUGGCAAGUGGUUCCAGAUCCCGGAUUAAAAUGCACUUUGAAGAUGCAGAAUUUCCUUGUUACAGUGGUGCUCAACGUCGUAACAGAUGCAGCUAUUCUGGCAGUACCAGUACCCCUCCUCUGGAAGCUCAAGAUUCCCAACUACCGAAAACUCGUCAUCGCCGCCCUCCUCUGUUCCGGACUCUUCGUCAUCACCGCAGCGAUCAUCCGAGUCGUGCUGACCCUCGGCUCGAACCCCUCUGCCCUGAACAUAAACCGUUGGGGUGUGCGCGAAACAAUUGUUGGAAUCGUAACGAUCAAUAUGCCCAUCCUAAAGCCACUCUUCAGCAAGAGUUUCUGGACAACAGGCUCUUUCAAAUCGAGUUCGUACUUGCAUGGCACAGCGAGGAAUAUACAAGAGCGCUCGAAUAAGGGACCAUAUGAGCUGAGUUCGAAAGCGGGAGGCAAGAGAUUCUGGUCUGGGGACUGGGAUGUUGAGGCUGGGGAUGUGAAGAUUAGGAGUAAGAGUGAGGAGAGUCUGGAUAGAAUGCAGAGCAUGGGGAAUGAUAGCCAGGAAUUGAUCAUUCAAAGACUGAAGGGUAUCACGGUUCAUGAGACCUAUCCGGUUAAGAGUGAGGAUGUGGAGACUGGAGAUGGGUUGGGGUGGGAAAGCAAUGCGAAUCAGGUCAGUAUUCAUGCGAAGAGAACUGAGGAAUCGCGAAGGCAGACUUAGGUCAUGUUGGGAAUACUCGUUUGGAGGCUUGUUGUUUUCUCUUUGCUUGGAUUGUUGGUACCUUUGGUGAUCUUGGCAGGCAGACUUUGUACGGGUUGAAAGUCUGGGAGACAUGAUGGUGCUCUUGAAGUCAAGUCUAUGUCACACACUUUUUCAGUUUGGUGAAAUAAUGGGACAACUCAAGGAAGACCAGUCUUUUAGGGAAUACAGACAUUCUAGUAUCUCUACUAGGAGAAUGAGAGAAUCCUUGUCAAGUAGAGGAAUAUUCAAGGUGUUAUGUAGUACCUACUCCGCAAAUUGCGCUGGGAGCGCGGAUCUCGCAGGGCGCGCAUUAGCGCCAUCUUUGAAGCUGGGCACUUGACCACAUAUAUCUAACUGAUCCUAAUCUCCAACACAGAAAGGAGC